GAAAUAGAACGGCAGGGUCGAGAACUGAAGACAAAGAUUUCAGCAAUGAAAGAAGAGAAAGAACAACUUAGUGCUGAAAGACAGGAGCAGAUUAAACAGAGGACUAAACUAGAGCUGAAGGCUAAAGAUCUGCAGGAUGAAUUAGCUGGCAACAGUGAACAAAGGAAAAGACUGUUGAAAGAGAGGCAAAAGCUUCUUGAGAAGAUUGAGGAGAAGCAGAAAGAAUUAGCAGAAACGGAGCCGAAAUUCAACAGUGUAAAAGAAAAAGAAGAGAGGGGAAUUGCUAGACUUGCACAGGCUACGCAGGAAAGAACAGAUCUUUAUGCAAAACAAGGUCGAGGAAGCCAGUUUACCUCCAAAGAAGAAAGAGAUAAGUGGAUAAAGAAAGAACUGAAGUCUUUAGAUCAAGCCAUCAAUGACAAGAAGCGGCAGAUAGCAGCUAUACACAAGGAUUUAGAGGAUACAGAGGCAAACAAGGAGAAAAACUUGGAACAGUACAGUAAACUGGACCAGGAUCUUAAUGAAGUGAAGGCUCGGGUUGAAGAACUGGACAGAAAAUACUACGAAGUGAAAAAUAAAAAGGAUGAACUACAGAGCGAAAGAAACUAUCUAUGGAGAGAAGAGAAUGCAGAACAACAAGCUCUUGCUGCAAAGCGGGAGGAUUUGGAAAAGAAGCAACAACUUCUCAGAGCAGCAACAGGAAAGGCCAUUUUGAAUGGUAUAGACAGCAUAAACAAAGUCUUGGAGCACUUCCGUCGGAAAGGCAUAAACCAGCAUGUUCUAAAUGGCUAUCACGGCAUUGUGAUGAACAACUUUGAAUGCGAACCAGCUUUCUACACCUGUGUUGAAGUUACUGCAGGGAACAGGUUGUUUUAUCACAUUGUGGAUUCUGAUGAGGUCAGUACAAAAAUCCUAAUGGAAUUUAACAAAAUGAACCUUCCUGGAGAAGUCACUUUCCUCCCUCUGAACAAGCUGGAUGUUAGAGAUACUGCUUAUCCUGAGACUAAUGAUGCUAUUCCUAUGAUCAGUAAACUGAGAUACAAUCCAAGAUUUGACAAAGCUUUCAAACAUGUUUUUGGAAAGACUCUAAUUUGUCGUAGCAUGGAAGUGUCUACCCAGCUAGCCAGAGCUUUCACUAUGGAUUGUAUUACUCUGGAAGGUGACCAAGUCAGCCAUCGUGGUGCUUUGACUGGAGGUUAUUACGACACAAGGAAGUCUCGGCUUGAAUUGCAAAAAGAUGUUAGGAAGGCAGAAGAAGAACUUGGUGAACUCGAAGCAAAACUCAAUGAAAACUUGCGCAGAAACAUUGAAAAUAUCCUUUUGUUCUUGGGGAAAGUAUGGAUUAAUAAUGAGAUUGACCAGCUAAUGAACCAGAUGCAGCAAAUUGAGACACAGCAGAGAAAGUUCAAAGCCUCUCGAGACAGUAUUUUGUCAGAGAUGAAAAUGCUGAAGGAGAAAAGGCAGCAGUCUGAAAAGACAUUUAUGCCUAAGCAACGCAGUUUGCAGAGCUUGGAGGCAAGUUUACAUGCUAUGGAGUCAACCAGAGAAUCAUUAAAAGCAGAACUGGGGACUGAUUUGUUGUCUCAGCUCAGUCUUGACGAUCAGAAACGUGUGGAUGCUCUUAAUGAUGAAAUUCGACAACUACAGCAAGAAAACAGACAGCUUUUGAAUGAGAGGAUUAAACUAGAAGGCAUUAUUACAAGAGUUGAAACAUACCUCAAUGAGAAUCUGAGAAAACGCUUAGACCAAGUGGAACAGGAACUGAAUGAGCUUCGAGAAACAGAAGGUGGCACAGUUCUUACUGCCACAACAUCGGAACUUGAGGCUAUCAACAAACGAGUGAAGGACACACUGGCACGGUCAGAUGAUCUGGAUAAUUCUAUUGACAAAACAGAAGCAGGAAUUAAAGAGCUUCAGAAGAGCAUGGAACGAUGGAAGAACAUGGAGAAGGAGCAUAUGGAUGCUAUUAACCACGAUACAAAAGAACUUGAAAAAAUGACUAACAGGCAAGGCAUGCUCCUCAAGAAGAAAGAGGAAUGCAUGAAGAAAAUCCGAGAGCUGGGUUCACUUCCACAGGAGGCUUUUGAAAAGUAUCAGACUUUAAGUUUAAAGCAGUUAUUCCGCAAACUGGAGCAGUGCAAUACGGAACUGAAGAAAUACAGUCAUGUUAAUAAAAAAGCUUUAGAUCAGUUUGUGAAUUUCUCAGAGCAGAAGGAAAAGUUGAUAAAAAGACAAGAGGAACUGGACAGAGGCUACAAAUCCAUCAUGGAGCUGAUGAAUGUCCUUGAGCUCAGGAAAUAUGAGGCUAUUCAGCUGACCUUCAAACAGGUGUCAAAAAAUUUCAGUGAAGUAUUCCAGAAGUUAGUCCCUGGUGGCAAGGCCACAUUAGUGAUGAAGAAAGGAGAUGUGGAGGGCAGUCAGUCCCAGGAUGAAGGUGAAGGCAGCACUGAGAGUGAAAGGGGAUCUGGAUCUCAGAGCAGUGUUCCAUCUGUAGACCAGUUCACUGGAGUUGGCAUAAGGGUAUCGUUUACAGGGAAGCAGGGUGAAAUGAGAGAAAUGCAGCAACUUUCAGGGGGACAGAAAUCCUUAGUGGCCCUAGCCCUGAUAUUUGCUAUCCAGAAAUGUGAUCCAGCUCCAUUUUACUUGUUUGAUGAAAUCGACCAAGCCUUGGAUGCUCAGCACAGAAAAGCUGUUUCAGAUAUGAUUAUGGAACUUGCUGAACAUGCCCAGUUUAUUACAACAACUUUUAGGCCUGAACUGCUUGAGUCAGCUGACAAGUUCUAUGGUGUAAAAUUCAGAAACAAGGUAAACAAUAUGUUCUAG